CCUGGCUGCCUGUUCCGCCAUUCACCAGUUCCGAAAGCUUGGGCUAGUCUGCGUGUCCUUUGCCUCUCCGUCCCCUACCCAGCCUAAGAAGGAAGGAUGACUGCCAACAACCUAGAACUGGAGAACCCGUUGGACGCUCCAAAUGUUGGACUCGAACCCUCGACUGCCAGCCUGACAGAGGAUAAGGUAUGAUGGGAGAUGUACACCAAUGAGAUAUUCAGCGGGACAAGGUUAUCUCUGCAUACAAACUCAACAGGGAGGACAGGGAAGGAUGUACUGUAAGUGACAUCCCAUAAGAAGAGUCCGCUGGAUCGGGUCAAAGGACCAUCUAGUCCAGCAUCCUGUUCUCGCCAUAGCCAACCAGUUGCCCCAAUGGGAAGCCCAUAAGCAGGACCUGAGUGCAGCAGCAACUCACCCUACUUGUGGUUCCCAGGCACUCCCAGGCAUACUGCCUCCAACAGAGGAGAUAGAACAUAGCCAUUGUGGUUAGUAGCCAUUGUUAAACUCUGGAAUUCACUGUCACAAGCUGUACAAUGGUCACCAACUUGGAUGCUUUACACUCCAAUGGCAAAUUGAUGGGGGAUAAGGCUAUCAGUCGUGGGACUUGGGUGGCGCUGUGGGUUAAACCACAGAGCCUAGGACUUGCCGAUCAGAAGGUCGGUGGUUCGAAUCCCUGCGACGGGGUGAGCUCCCGUUGCUUGUUCCCUGCUCCUGCCAACCUAGCAGUUCGAAAGCACGUCAAAGUGCAAGUAGAUAAAUAGGUACCACUCCAGCGGGAAGGUAAACUGCGUUUUCGUGUGCUGCUCUGGUUCGUCAGAAGCGGCUUAGGCAUGCUGGCCACAUGACCCAGAAGCUGCACGUCGGCUCCCUCAGCCAAUAAAGCGAGAUGAGCGCCGCAACCCCAGAGUCGGCCACGACUGGACCUAAUGGUCAGGGGUCCCUUUACCUUUACUUAAGGCUAUCAGUGGUUUUUUGGCCUUGAUGGUGUCCAGGUAUUGUCAGGGACUGGACUGAGGAGGAAUGAUAGGGGCCGACCUCCCUUCUCCUGAACCUUCCCAAGAACAGGAGGACAGUAUAGAUUUAGAACAGUGGUUUGCAGAAGGCCAUAGUUCAGAGGUUGCAGAAGGGAAAUAUUGAGAGAAGAACAGCAGGAAGAAGAAGCGCUGGGGGAGAAACAGCUGACAGACUCAGUGUCUUUGGAAGGCCUUCCUGAGCCCCCCUCUUCCAGGACUAGGCGGGCAUUGAGAGUAGUAGAACAGAAAACUCAGAGGCAGAAAGCUCAGUUCAGCCAUCGCAGGGAUGACGGAGGGGGUUGGACUUUACUCGGAGCGAUGCCAUUAUUUAAUAGAGACUGCAUUCCUUCGUCUCUCUCUCUCUCUGUGAAUACUGAAUAAAUGACGUGGUAAGAACUCUUCUUGUUUAUCUGCUUUUUGGCUGCCAUCGGGGGAGGGAUCGGAUUCACUGAAGCCUGACAGGUAUUUUAAUUGCUGGUUUUAAUUGUGUUGUGGCACCCUUUAAUUUAUUUUAAACAGUGUGUAUUUCUUACUCUGUACCUUAUAACUGAACUUUUAAAAUGUUGUAAGCUGCUUUGAAUCCCUACUUGGGAGAAAGGCAGGAUAUAAUAUAUUUAUACCUUAUAAUAUUUUACCUUAUAAUAUAUUAAAUAAUGGCAACAACAACAUUUGUUUGUUUGUUUGUUUGUUUAUAUGCUACCCAACCACCACUCCGGGUGGCUUCCAACAACUUAAAACACAAUAUGACAUCAUACAUUAAAAACUUCCCUGAACAGGGCUGCCUUCAGAUGUCUUCUAAAAGUUUGGUAGUUGUUUAUUUCCUUGACAUCUGACAGGAGGUCGUUCCACAGGUUGGGCACAACUACCAAGAAGGCAACAGAAGGCUAAUGCUAUGUUCUAAAGUAAUUUGCAGCAGUCGAUAACAUUUUCCUUUUCCCCAGGUAAGCCAGUCAUCUGAUACUCAGCAUCGAAAAUCCACGGCAAGCAUUUCAAUAAGGAGAAGAAAGUCCGGAUCCCGCAAAUGGGUAAGUUCAGAGGGUUUGUUCACCCAGUGAGGUUUCGUUAAACAAACUGAUGUCUGUUUGUUUCCAGAAUGCAAACAGGUCUGGCAGGAAAUCCCAUCAAAUGUAUUUAUUUUAUUUAUUGGGGGCGGGCGGGGCGGGAAUGUGUUAAUGCGAAAACUCUUUUAAGGCUAAAUGGGUUACAUAGUAAAAUGCAGUUAAAAUGAGCAAAAUGUUUCAAACCAAAUAUGCAUAACUAAAUCCUUUUGUCUGGGUCAGGCUGCUGUCUAAAAUGAUAUAGCGAGGGUGCUUGCCUCAUACAAUAUUAUUGCUAAAACUUGUUAGAAACAAAGGAGAAUAAUUGAGGAAAUAAAGUAGCAGAGCAGGGUGUAAGAGGACAAAAUGCUUCUGGGUUUCUUUCACUGAGACCAGCAGGACAUUUUUCAAAUACAGUCGUACCUCGGCUCCUGAAAGCCUUGGGAGUUGAAUGUUCUGGCUUCAGAACGAUCGAAAACUGGAAGUGAGUGUUCCAGUUUUCGAACAUUCUUUUGGAAGCUGAAUGUCCGAUGGGCGAGGACUGUGGGGAGUGGGACUGUGGGGAAUGGGUGAGCUGGAUGAAGGGUGAUGGAGACAAUUUUGGGUUGGAAUCCCCCAGAGACCUACUCCUCAAUGAGAAAGGAAAGAAACUAAGACAGAGACCAACAAGAGACAAGGAAAAGGGCAAGCACAAACAAGAUGAAGAAGAAUUGCAGAAGGGACAUGGAAGAGAUUUAAGGGCCUCGGACAUAAGGCUUCCAGGUUGAUGGACUAGACGGAAUGGACAAUAAGGACUGACAUGACCCGAGACCAGGAAGAAGAGAAGCUGGAUGAUGAUUGGAAGAGAAUUGAUAAUGGAAACUCUUUUAUUUUAGAAUCAGCUAAUGAAUAUUAGGGAAAAUGUGGGAAUGAAACUAUACGACUCUAGCAGAAAUGAUAUUAGGAGUUAUGUAUAUUUGAAAUUUAAGAUUUAAAUUUUAAGGCACUUAGGGGUAAGAUAAGGUUAAAUAAAUUAAGGUAAUCUGAAUAAUAGAAUAUGGGGAAAGAUGGUAAGGAUUUGUUGAGUUAAUUAUUAGGUUAAAUUGUUAAGACAAAUUUUAUAACAAAAAUUGAGAAAGAUGGAAAGAAUUUGCUGAAAUAAUUACUAAACUAGAAUACAAAAACGGAGGUGUGAGGAGGUCAAUGAAACAAGCAAAUGGAAAUUAUGGCUAUGCAAUUUGGGAUUUGUGUCCCCCCCCUUUUUUUCUUCUUUUUUACUUUUUUUAUUGCUGUAUUGUUAUAUUGGUUUUCACAUUUUGUGCUUUUCUCUUUUUUUUAUUGUCUUCUUUUUCUUUUUUCUUUUUUUGUAUUGUAGUGUUGUUUGCUAUUUUUUAUUUUUCUUGUAAUUUUGAAAUUAUCAAUAAAUAUUAUUUAAAAUAAAUAAAUGAAUGUCCGAUGGGGCUUCCGUGGCUUCUGAUUGGCUGCAGGAGCUUCGUGCAGCUAAUCAGAAGCCGCACUUUGGUUUCCGAGCAUUUCGGAAGUCGGACGGACUUCCGGAACGGAUUCUGUUCGACUUCCGAGGUGUGACUGUACAUGCAUCUCAGAUCAGAUGCAUAUGUAAGCAACUCCCCACUUUUGCAGCAGUUGCAUUCCGGUGCCCCAUGCACAUAACUGAAAAUCACAUAAGUGGGGACCACCCUCCAAACACCCUUUAAAUGCCCUCUCGGACACUCUCUAUCCAAUCCAAAUUUUAAAAAAAUACUGUACCACAAUAUAUCCACAACUGGAAUUGGAGCUGUGGGCAUAGCUGUCAACUGUCCCUUAUUUGGGGACUCGCCUUUGCUCAGCGCUUCCCAGCGGAGAGGUGACAGUGGUUUUCCUUGCUGCAUCCCCUUUGCCGGGUUGCUGUGCUGUGGGAACCACCACUUGAGGCUUCGUUUGGCUGCUGGCUGGUUCUUUCUGCCUUUGGCUCGGAGGGGCUCAGAAGUUGAACAUACCUGUACUUGGAAAAUCCCUUAUUUGGGCUGCUGAUCCCUUAUUUUCGAAGCUGCUGGUCCCUUAUUUUCAAAUCUGUAAGUUGACAGCUAUGGCUCUGGGGCUGGCUGGAUGCUGGAGGAUGUGUGGAGAAGCAGCUGCUGCUGGGCCGCCACAUGCAUCAGCUGUUGGGCGGGGAGGCCGAGCAGUCUAAACAGAGCCCUGCUACAUCUCCAGUCUCUUCUCCACCCUCACUGAAGUCCCCUUCAGGCUCUGGGGAGGGUCUCCUUGUGACUCUCCAGCUCUCACACUCCAUUUCCUGGUAUGAAUUAAAUUACUUAAUUAUUUCCCAGAGCUGCACAAGUGAGGAGCCCCCCCGUAUUCUUUUCCCUGCACACUUUCUCUACACCACGUGUAAAUAUCAUAGGGCACCCGUGUUGGAACCUGGUAACAUUUAUUUGUAAGCAGUCCUCUUACAACCUUCAAGCAGAGUGUUCAUAAAAAGCUUGCAAUGUCAGCACUUAAUAAUGCUUUCUGCAAUAUUAUAAUAGGCAGUGCCUUUUUUUCAGGGGAUACUCAAGGCACCUCUUUUUGUUGUUGUUGUUACAGUAAGUGCCACACUUUUUAACAACUUCAUGGCAAGUACCGGCACCUAUUUUUCUAGGGGGAAAGCACUGGUAAUUGGUGAUUUAAAGAUUUAAAGGUACUACUGGGUACAAACUGCCCAUGGAUCCUCUAAACACCAGAAACACCAGAAAUUAAUGGUAAAAAUGUAAGAACAUAAGAGCCUCCUGAAUCAAGCCAAUGACAGCCAUAUUCUUAAUUAAUUCUAAUUAUUAGUUUGCUUUUUCCUCCCUUUUUAAAGUACUUAUUAAUGUCUGUAAAUAAGAACAAGAAAGGGGGGGGGGGAAUUUGCAUGCAAACAAAAUAAAAGAACAGGAAAACAUAUUGCAAGAAACCAGUGUUUUUGCAAUAUAGCACGCCUUUAUUUUAUUUACAAAUGAAGACACCCAUGAUUGUAUGAUGCUUCCUGUUUAUCCCAAGUUGUGGAUUUUGUGAAAGUAUGUUUAUGUUGACAUAUAUUCUUUGUCCUUAAAUUUCUGUUGGGGUACUAGCAGUUGGGAAGCAAGGGAAACAAUGAUGUCGACUUUUCAUUCCUUCAUUUGUAUGUGAAUUCCUUAGUUUAUGGGAAUGUUUCCUUGCAGGAAGAACCCAAAUAAUAAUAAUAAUAAUAAUAAUAAUAAUAAUAAUAAUUUAUUUAUACCCCGCCCAUCUGGCUGGGCCUCCCCAGCCACCCUGGGCGGCUUCCCAAAAAAUAUUAAAAUACUGUAAUACAUCAAACAUUAAAGGCUUCCCUAAACAGGGCUGCCUUCAGAUGUUUUCUAAAAGUCUGGCCUUUGCCACUUAGAGAUGUUUGUGCUGCUGAAAUGUCUGGCCCAGAUCCUUGCUUUUUGGAUUUCUCUGCUAGACCAAACCAGGACAGCGUCAGACCUCUCUUUUACUAUGUGUUUAAGUUUCUUUUUCUGAAGUUCUACAUUUUUGAAUAAACCAUAAAUUUAAAAGGAUGCUUCACCCUCUACACUCAAAGGCCUCAGUAUCUACUUCUGCUCCUUCCCAUAGGCGCUGACAAGGCAGCUUCUGCUAGUUACAUUGCUUACUUCCUCUGGCUCAUCUCUACAAUAUGGUUACAACCUCUGGGUGGCCAGCCAUCCAUCUACGGUAAGAUCAGACAUGUAAUGGUCUGGGAUUGCAGAGGGUCAAAGAUCUGUUACUAUUUCUGCAGCAGGGACCCCAUGUCAUCUGAAACAGCAUGAAACAGGAGCUUUUUAGCCACCUGUCAAAGAACGAGCCAGCAGCAAACUUUAUUAGCAAAAACACAAUCUGCACAGCAUUGGCUGAGUGUCAGGCCUAGUGAGCACAGCAGCUCAUCUCUGUUAGGCCUUAUCCCAUCAAAUCCCUGCCUCUCCAAGUACCAUCGUCUCCAGGGCUUUCCCCAAGCAAUCAGAGACUACUCCUGCAUGCAACCUGCCACUGCUCCACCCGUUUCAGCCCUCUUCUGGUUCUGGGAGACAAGCAGGGAGGGGAGCUUGCCGCAGCAGGAGGGAGAGACACACAUGACUCUUCACCAACCUGGCUCUUGGCCUCUCCCCUCCCACUUACUGAUUUCAGUUUCUGCCUCUGAUUCCAGACUUCUCUCCGCAAUCAAGUCAGCGGGAGUCAGCAUCAGAAACGCCGCUGCUUAGGGUGAUAUGAAGGGUCAAUUGUGCAAGGCCACCUACACCUCGUCGGUAGCAAUUCUAUCUUCCGCAUUUCCGCUACAGUGCCAAUUUGCCCUCAAAUUUAAAACCCAGCCAACGAAAAUCCUCCAGGCGAAUGGGCAGCACCCAAAAUGCCCACAGCAUGUGUCCCAUGUCCCAUGAGAUUAUGCUUCACAGCAGGAGGAAGCAGGGGAGGUGGUUCGGGAAGCUGCACAACCUGUUCCAAAUCUAUACUGUCCUCCUGCUGGGAAGUUUCAGGAUCCUGAUCAGGAACAGGAGCAGAGGGAGGCUCCCACCAUUCCUCCUCAGCACGGUCCCUGACACUAUUGCACGAAGGAGUUGAGUGCAUACCAGAACUUGAUUUGUGGGCAAAUCAAGUCCAUUAAAGGGCUCUGCUCUCCCAGGGCAACCAUUCAUAUCUACUCCUCCCUUUCCUAGCUCAUAUCAAACUUUUACAAUGGCACAUAUCAACAGAGGAAGAAUGCCAACGUAGAUGAAGAAGACUAUAUUGAUUUCCUCUACACUUUCACCAUUGCAAUCUAUUCCCUUGGAGGCCUGAUUGGGUCCCUUCUGGUCAGCUUCAUGGUGGACAGAUAUGGCAGGUAAAGAGGGAAUAUGUUUAUGGGGCUCUGGCACAGGGGUGGGUCCUUUUAGGCUUUGCAGGCCAGAUGCUUCUCUGGUUCUAGCCUUAGAGCUGCUUGCCUGUCAGUCGCCAAAUGUCACAAUGGCAUUAGGUGAUUGGGUGCUUUGAAGUCCCAAUGUCAGGACUUCAAAGCACCACACAGGAGCCCAUGGUGGUGCUCUGAAGUGCCCAAGGCUUCUAUUUUAACCAAGCUGACGGGUGAUAGAACCAGUGUCUGAUUUCCCUUGCCAAUGCCACUUUAAGGCUCCUCCCUGUGCAUUGGCAGCUAUGCCUCUAUCUGCCCCACACUUGACGUUACAUAUGAGGUCAAGCAAGGACAAGUGGGUGUGCUUUGAGGGAAACAGCCUCAUAGGCCAAGUCUGGCCUGUGGGCUGGAGAUUUCUCGCCCCUGUGUAGUGGGGUAGGAGGUGUUUAUUAGGGGACAUUUGGGGGUGGGGGGGAAUGCAAACAGAUGUGAAAAUGUGGAGAGCUGAAAAAAUAGGAAAUGGAAAUAAACAGAUUUGCCCAUCCCUAGCCAAGAUGCAAAAGCAACUUAAAUAGAAAUACUUGCAAGUAUAAGAUUGGCUUAGGAUUUAAAUAUGUGAUGUUAUAGAAUAAUAUGUUUAAAGUUAAUAUGAAAAGAAAGAAAGAUGUUACUCGACUAAGUAAAUUUUAUGAGAAAUUAGUUUUGGAAAACCGUUACAAUGAUACACACUGAAACUCAGCCAGGGGGAUUUGAGGAAGUCACUUAAUAAUGUUAACAAAAGUGGAAUUAUUACAGUUAGGAUUUAUGUUUGUCUGUUUGUUUAUAAAUUUGGAAAAUCAAUUAAAAAAAUUAGGGGGGGGAGAUGAAAAAGCAAGUUGCUAGUCCAUGUGAAGUUGGCAGCUGAAGUCUCAGACGUCAAAGGAGGGGGUUGAAUGGGGUUUACAGUAGUUGGGGGUUUCCAGGAGCUCUCCUGCCUUGCAUAGCUCCUUGUCCUUCCCAUAACUAUUGAAAAUAGACCAAAUUGUCCACCAAAAGACCUUACUGCAAUUCAGCAGCUCCUCUCCUGCUUGUUUGACGCUACUGUACAUGUAUUGGCUCCCUCUACCUCUCCUACCCCUUUUCCCUGUCUUUUCAGGAAAGGGGCCUUGGUAAUAAAUAACAUUAUGUCCAUAUUCUCUGCUGGCUUCAUGGGAUGUUCUGCUGUGAUACAUGCCUAUGAAUACACCAUAUUUUCACGCUUGGUCACUGGAAUGUGCUCAGGUGAGAGAGGGCCCUGGGCUUAGUGGUUUUAGCAAAGCCACUUAAAUAAUGCAAGGGGCAUUAUCAGGGUGCAAUUCCAGCGAGGCAGGAAGCACUGGAGGAGGGUUUAAAGCUGGGAUGGUGAAGGGUGUGCCCUGGGGGGAGGCGUGCAUCUUGGGGAGAGUCCUCAAGGCCAGAUAGAGAGGCUUGGGGUGCUGCAUUUGGUCAUCAAAUACCGUAUUUAUUGAUUAUUGCAAUGUCUAUUUCCCCCGCCCCCCAAAGUAGCAAUUUAAAUGCCUGUUACAUCAUGGACCAAUCUCCACUACCCAACAUGCAGGGGCACAGAAUGCCACUCUGAAGAAUGCCACCCAAAGCUGGGGCGAAGAUCAAUUGGCCACCUCCACCCAGCGGAAGAACCUCCCAUGUUCCUUGAAAAUGUUGCUGUGUCCCAUCCAUGCUGUUAAUCGUCCCUUUGUCUACCAUCUAACCAGGCAUGUUCUCCUGCAUCGUCCCACUAUACCUUGGAGAGAUAUCCCCUAGAAACAUGAGGGGGUCCAUUAUGACGGUCCCUAUGAUCUUUGUCACCAUUGGCGUCAUGGUCUCACAGAUCCUUAGUCUUCAAGAGCUUCUCGGGACUGAGAAAGGUAACCUUGGCAGAUCAUCACAAGGGAUGUUGGAGAGUUUCAGCAGAAAUGGAAAAGGAAGCAGGACGUGCGGGUGCUGCUGGUCAGGAUGGCGAUGCUCGGCCUCCACAGUUCCAAAUACCUGUUGCUGUAAGCCACAGGAGGGGAGAGGGGUCAAAUCCUGCUUGUGGGUUUCCCACAGGAAUCUGGCUGGCCACUGUGAGAUGAGGGUGCUAGACUAAAUGAGCCAUUGGCCUGAUCCAGCAGAGGUCUUCUUAUAAUCUUAUGUUUAUGUGAUGAGGAGGAGGAGGAGGAUCAGGGGAGCCAACUUGGGCCCCCGAUUAUGGGUGCCCAGUGUGCGUGAAGUCAUGAUGUCAGGUUGUAAUGUGAUGUCAUGAUGUCACGCUCGCCCACUGGCCUCAGAACGUGAUUUGUGGUGGUACCGGAAGUCAGGUUCCAGGACCUCGCAACACCUCAGAAAGCCCCCCAAUUUCUGUUGCCACUGGAAGUUGGGUUCCAAGGUCUCAGAAGUUCUCAGAAAGCAUCUCCGAGGCCUUGGAGAUGCUGUCUGAGGCCUUGCAAGACAUCAGAAGUUGUGGGGGGAGGCCCUGUGGUGUGGGUGCUCAGGCAUUCAGAGCCCCCCAUAUUUGGCACGCCUGAUGAUGAUAAUUUUAUUAUUUAUAUGCCACCCAUCUGACUGGGUUGCCCCAGCCACUCUGGGCAGCUCCCAACAAAGUAUUUAAGCACAAUAAAACAUCAGUGAUGUUUGCUUAUCCAUCCCAUGACUGGAAUGGAAAUCAAUCAAUCUGGCAAACUUAAUCAUUGUUGCCGUGGCUUUCUAUUUGCAAAUGAUACAUCAUGGAUUAUGGUCCAUCCAUGUCAAGCUGCUGGUUGUCCAGGAAUGUACAAAGACAAGGGAAUGUUUUUUACCGUCCUAUUUUUAUUCAGUAUUUAGAGAGAGGCUAUAGAACCCAGCCUCUUGGAUAAUGGCAUUGUCCCGAGUGAAUCUCCACCACCUGUCUCUCUCACUUCCUCAUUCAUCACUUCUGCGGGUGCUGCUAUGUGCCCUCUGUCUUUGAGCUCUUUGCUCUCCUACUUUCAAGGCUCGCCGGGUUCUGGGAGAGGGUAGGUCUCUGUGUCUGUCAGCUGUUGCCCCAUCUGCUGCUGCUUUCUCCUCAUCCUCCUUCUCUCCCAUUAUUUCCCAACUUUCCCCCUCAUCUGCCUCAAACCCCUGCUGUAAAUCUAAACUCUCUUCCUCUUCUCUGGAAGGGUCAGGCUGGGGAGGCAGUCUCCACCAUUCCUUCUCUGCCCAGUCCAUUCCGCAAUUUGCAUCGAGUUACGCUACUACGAAUAAAAUGUAGCAGCGUACUGGCAACAUAAUUUCCAUCAUUAAUUGCACAAAUGCUGUGGGUUACAUAAUUCCCACACAGUGGACAGUGAGAGGGAAAAUACUGUUUUUGGCAGAAGGCAAACUGCAGAGGAAAGGAAACAGUGCAGCUUGAGUUGGAAAGAGGGCGGAAAGGAAAGGGAUGCCUUCUCUCACCCCCAAUCUUCUUGUACAGGUUGGCCGCUAUUGCUGUGCUUCACUGGAAUCCUGGCGGUGUUUCAAGUCAUCGUCUUGCCCAGCUUCCCCGAAAGCCCAAGGUUUCUCCUGAUUCAGAGGAAUGAUAAGGUGAAAGCCAGGCAAGGUACAAUCGCCUUGAGUGCACAGGAACAUUACGGCAUGGGGACCCUACAUAGAGGCCUGUGGGAGUCUCUGAGCAAAGGCUGGCAGCUCCCGCUCUCCCAUAUACAGCACUGGGAGCAUCCUCAGACCUACCCAGGAGACACAAGGGGGGCGAGGAAGAUAGGAAGCUUCUCCCAGUCCCACCAAGAGAUGCUGGGGACUGAAACUGUGGCCAGAGCUGGCCCAGCCAUUGGGCAGGGUGAGGCCAUUGCCUCAGGGAACAGAAGCCCUACCAGGUAGCACCCCUAUGGGCACCCUGCCUGCCCUGCCGUCUCUGCCAUUGGCACUGAUUUCAGGCAAGAUCUCACACGAUUUGGAGUGAAAGCUCCCCCCCCCAAUCAUUGCAAUCUUCCUUGAAAUCAGCGCUGGUGGUGGUGGUGCUUCUCUGCCGGUGGCAGAGGUGGCAGGGUACAUGGAGUUGGCAGAGCAAGUGGGGGCAGCGGCAGUAGCAGGGCAGGGUGGCAACACAUAGGAACAUAGGAAGCUGCCUUAUACUGAGUCUGACCGUUGGCCCAUCUGGCUCAGUAAGAGGAGGCAUUGUCCACACUGACUGGCAGCAGCUCUCCAAGGUGUAAGGCAGGGGUCGCCCCCCCCCGGCCAAUCCUUACCUGGAGAUGCCAGGGACUGAACCUGGGACAUACAAAGCUCUACCACUAUUCUUCCGCAUUGUUGUUUCUUCAUCUCUUCCUGCCCUGGUGGCUCAGCAUAAAUCCAUUCCCUGCUCCCUUCCAGUCUUGCAGAGGCUGAGAUGCCAUGAUGAUGUGGAGAGUGAGCUUGAGGAGCUCAACCAGGAGAACGUCUCGGUAAGGGUGGAGAAGGAGAUGAAUGGGAUGAAGCUGCUGUGCAACCAAGCCAUGCGUUGGCAAAUCAUCUCCGUGGUCAUCCUCAUGAGUGGCCAGCAGCUCACAGGUGUCAAUGCGGUAAGAGAGGCAGCUUCCCAGUUGGGCUAGAAGGCUGAGCGAGUGUUAAUAUUCAUCCGAAUGACCACUCAUGCAGAGAUGCAGCAGGGAACCUCCUUCUCUGCGUGGUGAUCCCAGCUCCCAGAAGACUCUAGUCCAGGUCUAAGGCACCUGUGGACUCCCAGUGGUUGCUGAGCUACAGCUCCCAUAAUCUCUAGCUAUUGGCCAGGAUUGCAGGGGCUGAUGGGAGUUACAGCUGAGCAACAUCCUGAGGGUCCAAGUUCCCCCAUCCCUGGACUAAAGGCUCCUGGAAGCUGAGAACAUCGCCCAGGAAAAAAGAGGUUCCCUGCUGUGUCACUGUAUGAGUGGCAGCUUUGGCCCAUAGGUGGCUCAAGAGUUGCAUAAAAUUAUGCAAGGUGUGCAAAAAGUAGAGAGAAGUUUUUGUCCACCUCUCAGCUACAGAUGGAGGAUAAAUUUGAUUUGGCCUUCAUUUCAUUGCAGACUUGCCUGAUUCAUACUUUCCAAAGCAAUAUCAGAACCAAAAGACAGCCCUCCAUCAAAAUCUGCACUCCUUUGAAUUUUGCAAUGCAUUUCUCUGUCGUACUAACAUGUCCAAAAGUGCAUACAGUAGGAUUAAAGUGUGUCUUAAGGUGCAUCUACUGGUGAAAAUAACAGAAAAAUGUGUAUUAUAUUAAAUUGCCUUGCAGGUAUGUGCAUAUUAGGGAAAACUAUCCAAAAAUAUGUUUAAUUGGGAGAAAAAUGCACUAAAAUGCUGAUUAAUUUUUAGGAGGACUUAGCAAAAAAACCCAACAACAUGCUGGUGAAGAAUACAUGUGUAGAACUGGAACUCCAACUUGGAAAAAUGAGAAACCGGGAGAAACCAAAAUGGACAGAUUCAGCCAUCCCUAACCACAAGUGCUGGUGGAAUUUUGACUACAGCUCCCACAAUCCUCCCUGAUUCUUGGGCCAUGCUGGCUGGGGCUGAUGGGAGCUGUAGUCUAGCAACAUCUGGAGGGCCACAGGUUCCACAACUGCUCUGGAGUUGCAGACACAUGGGUUAAUGACAUGUUGCAGAAUACAAACACUGUAUAUAUAUCCCAGGAUGCAUUUCAUUCGCUCCCACAAAAUGCUGGCAGUCUGGGAGUUAAGAGCAUCAGAACAUGAGAAGAGCCUACUGGAUCAGGCCAAUGGCCCACCCAGUCUAGCAUCCUGUUCUCACAGCGGCCAACCAGAUCCCUCUGGGAAACCCGCAAGCAGGUCCCAUCCCCAAGAGCCCUCUCUUUUCUUGUGGUCCGCAGCACCUGGUAGCCAUCAUGGCAAGCAGCCAUUGAAAGCCAUGAUUUUGUCCAAUCUUCUGCCAUCCCUUCCUCCGGUUGGAGGGCAUUCCAUAGUUGUGGUUUGCUUCCAGGUGUUCUAUUACUCAGAGAGAAUCUAUGCAACUUUGAGGGUCAAGAAGCAGGAAGCCCGGUAUAUCACUGUGUUGGCAAGUAUUUUCAUCGCAAUCUCGCUGAUGAUCGUGGUAAGCCUCUCUCUCUCUCUCUCUCUCUCUCUCUCUCUCUCUCUCUCCCUAAAAUCAAAAGUUCCAAUCUGUUUCAAAUGGUGUUAAAAUUGCGCUGUUGUCACUUCAAAGAAUCCCUGGGGGAACCCUUAUAGGACAUGUGCAGAUGCUCCAAGUGUCCCUAUUUUCCAGGGACAGUCCUGGAUUUACAGAAGCUGUCCUGGUUUUCCUUAGGAUGUCCCUAUUUUCAUCAGAGAAAUAUUGGAGGCUAAAGUAAAGGUAAAGGACCCCUGGACAGUUAAGCCCCAUCAAAGGUGACUAUGGGGUGUGGAGCUCAUCUCGCUUUUCAGGCCCAGGGAGCCGGCGUUUGUCCCCAGACAGCUUUCCGGGUCAUGUGGCCAGCAUGACUAAACCGCUUCUGGUGCAACGGGACACCAUGACGCAAACCAGAGCGCACGGAAACGCCCUUUACCUUCCCGUUGCAGCACUACCUAUUUAUCUACUUGCACUGGAGUGCUUUCAAAUUGCUAGGUUGGCAGGAGCUGGGACAGAGCAACAGGAGCUCACCCCGUCGCACAGAUUUGAACCGCCAACCUUCUGAUCAACAAGCCCAAGAGGCUCAGUGGUUUAGACCACAGCGCCAACCACGUUGGAGGGUAUAUGGAGUUAUGGGACCCCUGAGCCAUCCGAAGGCAGCCCUGUAUAUGGAAGUUACCUCUGUUGAUUCCUGGUGGCCUCAUUUUAUUCUCUUUCUCAUUUCUGUACGCAAACUCUCUUUCUUCUCUGUUCUUAUACCCUCUAGGUUUAUGCCGUGGAUUUAGUGGGUCGAAGGAUCCUCCUCCUCACUGGAUUUGCGAUAUGCAGCAUCCUCUGCAUUCUGUUAACCAUGACCCUUGAACUUCAGGUUUGCUGAUCAAAACCUGGUGUGAUUUAGCCAGUGUCACCAGCAAGGGAAGGGCUGUAGCUCCAUCACAGAGCACCUGCUUGGCAUGCAGAAGGUCCCAGGUUCAGUCCACCGCAGCAUCUGAAACCCUGAAGAACCACUGCUGGUCAGUGUAGACCAGGGUUUCCCAAACUUGGAUCUCCAGUUGUUUUUGGACUACAAUUCCCAUCAUCCCUGACCACUGGUCCUGCUUGCUAGGGAUGAUGGGAGUUGUAGUCCAAGAAGAGCUGGAGACCCAUGUUUGGCAAACCCUGGUGUGGACCAAACUGAGCCAGAUGGAGCAUUGGUUUCCUUCAGGAUAAGGCAGCUGAAAAUCCACUCAGAUUUGGUGUCAGGUGGAAGAGCGGGAAGGAAUGUUGUUGGCGGGUCUUUCCUGCAAAAAUGUAUCUGGCUCUUGCAUUCCCAGCCCUCCAUGCUCUGCUGCAAGUGCCUUGGAACAUAACCCCCACAUAAAUGCCGAGUUGCCUGGAUCUUAAUCCAGGGGUGGGGUCCCUCAGGCUGGGGAAGGGGCGCAAAUGUGGCCCUCUGGCUCUCUUUGCCUGGCCCUCAGAACAUUCACUAGGCCACACCCCCUCUCACCAGGCCACACCGCUCUCUGGCUGUGCUUUAACCAGGAGGGUUUUUUGCCUGUCCAGAACGUGUCCUUGAACCCUGAUCACGCCUCUCGCUUGUCUUGAUGGAGACAUGUGUGAAUGUGAGUGAAACCAGCCUACUGGGAAAGGGAGAUUCCAAUGGGCUCUCCUUCCCAGGAGGCUUUUUAAUGUUGGAUGGCCACCAGUCAAGGCUUCUUUAGCUGUGAUUCCUGCAUUGCAAGGGGUUGGACUAGAUGACCUGGGGAGGACCCGUCCAACUCUAUAACCCCUUGUCCACCCACUUUUGCCUCUGUCCCACCCGCCACUGAUUUGUGGUUCGGAAGGCCCUCAAUCUGAGAAGUGCUCCUCCCUCCUGCUUUAAUUUAAGGCGUGCCAGGCACUCUCAUUCAUACAUGUCUGAAGAACGCUCAACUUUUUCCCACAGGAAACCAUGCCAUGGAUGACAUACGUCACUUCAGUCUUUUUCCUCAUCUUGAUCUUUGGGCACAUCCUUGGGCCAGGUAAGGUGACCUAGAGAGUUCCUUCAAAGAGGCAAACAGGGUGGGCCGCUUGUUUUAUUUCUGUUUAAGUGGGUUUUUUAAAAAAAAAUAUUUAUUGAAAAACAAAGAGUACAUAAUUACAAGUGCACAGAGUAAGAUUAGACAUAAAAAGAAGAAAAAAUGGUACCCAUGUAGAAAACAAAACUAAUAAUAAUAAUAAUAAUUCUAUAUAUUACAGAAGAGAAAAAGAUAAAGAAAAUUGUUAUUGUAGUUAACCAGACCAUAACCUAAUACAGUGGUACCUUGGGUUACAAACACCUCGGGUUACAAACACUUUGGGUUACAGACUCUGCUAACCUGGAAGUGGUACCUCAGGUUAAGAACUUUACCUCAGGAUGAGAACAUAAAUCGCAUGGUGGCGGUGCAGCGGCAGCAGGAAGCCCCAUUAGCUAAAGUGGUACCUCAGGUUAAGAACCGUUUCAGGUUAAGAACAGACCUCCGGAACGAAUUAAGUUCAUAACCAGAGAUACCACUGUACAGUAGAGUCGUACCUUGGUUCUCGAACACCCCGGAACUCGUACGUUUUGGCUCCCGACAAUCGAAAACUGUGAGUGUUCCGGUUUUCGAACAUUCUUUUGGAAGCCGAACGUCCAACGGGACUUCCACGGCUUCUGAUUGGCUGCAGGAGCUGCCGCCACCACCAGGUUUGUGGUGUGGUGAACUGGCUUAUACUCGAGUCAAUAAGUUUUCCCAGUUUUUUGUGCUAAAAUUAGGUGCCUUGGCUUAUAUUUGGGUCGGCUUAUACUCGAGUAUAUACGGUAUUUGAUUUUUAGAAGACAUCUGAAGGCAGCCCUGUUUAGGGAAGUUUUUAAUGGUUGAUGUUUUGUUCUGUUUUUAAUAUUUUGUUGAGAGCUGCCCUGAGUGGCUGGGACAACCCAAUCAGAAAUAAUAAUAAUAAUAAUAAUAAUAAUAAUAAUAAUAAUGGCAAUGGCUCCCCUGCAAAAAGGAUCCUGGGAACUGCGCCCUCAGUGAGCUACCAUACUUAGCAAACUACGGUGGGAGUUUUCCAGGGAACUUUGCUACUAUUUCCCACCCAGUGAUCUACACUCAUGGUUUAUAACCUUAAGGAAGGGUUAAGGAACGAUUUUCAUAACGUAAUGGACACUUAUGUUUUCCUUGUAACGUGAAUAACGUGUUAUUAAAAUGUGAUACCUGAGGACGCUGCAGAGCAACCAGGACCCGGCAACAGGAAAACUGCAUUGUUAAAAGGAAGCGACGUUUUUAAUUUACCAGUUGCCCUGUGACGUUUUAGAACUAUAUAUCGUUCUAAUAAUGUUUAAAAGGUCAGUGUAGAUCCAGCCAAGGUUUCAACUAGGCACUUGAGAGCUCUUAACUGCAUGGCACCAGUUCCUUUCGAACUGCUAUGGAUGAAUGAGCAAGUCCAUGAAAAACAGCCUCGAAUCCUUUCUUCCCCGCCCAGGUCCCAUACCCAACGUGAUCAUACUGGAGCUGUUCCUCCAGCCAUCCCGCUCCAUAGCCUUCAUGCUCGGGGGCUUUGUGCACUGGUUCCUGCACUUCAUUAUGGGGAUGAUAUUCAUUCAGAUAGAGGUGAGUUGUUUGGAUGAGAAGAGGGUGGUCUGAACUGGUUUGGGAGCACAGGAAGAUGCCUUCCACUGAGUCAGACCAUUGGUCCAUCUAACUCACCCAGGUGAGGAGCUUUUGGCCUUCCAGGUGUUGCUGAAGCUCUUCCCUUGUAGGCUCGUCAAACCAGAGUCUGAACAUCUUCCAGAAACUACAAAUGAUGUCGAUUUUUUUAAAUGAAACUACCUGGAGGUGGACAUAAUAUUUCUUACCUAUAUAUUGCAUUUAUAUCCCACCUAUCCUCCCAGAAGCUCCAGGCGGCUUGCCUGGGUCUCCCCUGCACCUUUCCAUUUCAUCCUUACAAAAACCCUGCAAGAUACUUAGGCUGAGGGUUCAUGACUGGCCUAAAGUCGCCCAGUGAGCCCCAUGGAGCAGUGGAGAUUUGAACCCUGGUCUCUCCCAGCUCCCGGUUCGACACUAUAACCACUCCACCUCACUGGCUGUGUACUAGAGGUGGGGAAUACUGGCCUGCAAGAUGUUGAUGAAAUAAGUCCUACUCCAGGGAGAGCUGCUGAAAUUAAUGGACUUUAGUAGUUAGCCAUGUCCAUUCACCUCAAUGGGUCUACUUCGAGUAGGACUAUCUGUAUAUGUGUUGUUGCUGGCAUCUUGAGAGACAAUGGAGUGGGGGGUGAAGUCAAACCGCUGCAUUAGUAGCACCAAAGUGACCUCUCUGGGGUGUAAGCCUGGGUAGAGUGUAUGGAGCUCCUGAGCUGCCAAGAAGUCAAGACACUUGACAUCAUCAGCCUCGAUGAUGUAGUCCAAAGGAAAGCAAAGUAAUACGCCGGGCACCAGCUUGGCUGCAGGAGUUGCCAGAAGGAGGCAUACAAGGCACCACCCAACCGUCUUAGGGACUCCACUUCUCCUGAAGAUAUCCCACAAGGCUGCAGAGGUUUAGGACAGGGGUCAGCAACCUUUUUCAGCCGUGGGUUGGUCCACCAUCCCUCAGACCUUGUGAGGGGCAGGACUAUAUUUUUUUGGGGGGGAGGGAAAUGAACGAAUUCCUAUGCCCCACAAAUAACCCAGAGAUGCAUUUUAAAUAAAAGGACACAUUCUACUCAUGUAAAAACGUGCUGAUUCCUGGUCCGUCCGUGGGCCGGAUUGAGAAGGCGAUUGGGCUGGAUCUGGCCCCCGGGCCUUAGGUUGCCUACUUCUGGUUUAGGAUAACAGUUUUCCUUCUCCUAGAUGGGUUGCCUUCCCAGGUUGGCGCGUCCUAUCUGCUCCUCACUGGAAGUUGGGUUCAGGGGGCUUUCCAAGGUCUUGGAACUUGAUUACCACCGCAAUUCAGUUUCCGAGGCCGGGUGUGUGUGUGCAUGACGUCAUGACGUCACGUUACGACCUGACAUCAUGACUUCACGCAGGCUGGGUACCCAUAAUCAGGGGCCAAGUUGGCUGCCCUGAUUAUCAUCAUCAUAAUCAUCAUCAUCACAUAAACGUAAGAUUAUAAGAAGACCUCUGUUGGAUCAGUCCAAUGGCCCAUCUAGUCUAGCAUCCUCAUCUCACAGUGGCCAACCAGAUGCCUGUUAUAUAUUGUGGUUAUGCCCAUCUCCCUUCCCACCCCCACCCCUCUCAUUUUCUUAUUUCAACGUUCCUUUCUAGACACGGAUUGGUUCCUACACCUUCCUCCUCUUCUGGCCUCUCUGCGUGUUCAGCUUCGUUUACAUCUUCAAGGUUAUCCCAGAAACCAACGGCAAGACCUUUCUGGAAAACAAGAAGUACAUGUCGUCAAUGGCCAAGAAGGUGAAAGUCCAGGUCCAGUUCCCAAUCCGGCGGACGUUACAGGUAUUUUUAGUCUUUUGUUGGAAGCCGCUCGGAGUGGUUGAGGAAACCCAGCCAGAUGGAUGAGGUAUAAAUAAAUUAUUAUUAUUAUUAUUACUACUACUACUACAGGACAAGGACAGAAGGCGGUCAACACGCCACAGCGUCAGAAGCGACAGCGUCAGAAGGGAUAGCAUCAGACCCGAUAGCGGCAGACAGGAUAGCAUCAGACCCGAUAGCGGCAGACGGGAUAGCGGCGGCAGACGGGAAAGCGGCGGCAGACGGGAAAGUGGCGGCAGACGGGAAAGUGGCGGCAGACGGGAAAGCGGCGGCAGACGGGAAAGCGGCGGCAGACGGGAAAGUGGCGGCAAACGGGAUAGCAGCGCCAAACGGGAUAGCGGCUCCAAACGGGAUAGCGGCUCCAAACGGGAUAGCGGCGGCAAACGGGAUAGCAUGAAACACAAAGAAAGCCUCAAAAGAAAACAAAGACCGUCCGUCGUUUCUUAAUGCUACCUGCCCUUCGCUGGUAUACGAAUGACGGUUGCUUCUCUUCCUAUCCAAAACCUACUCUUUUUCUGUUCAGACUUUUCUACUCUCCUACCAUGAAUUACUGCUAUUAAUAUUAUUACCAAAUACACACCUAAUUGUAGAGUCAAUUAUAUAUCUAUAUAUAAAAUCACAUUAGAAACAGGUAACAAAGAAAAGACAAUCAUUUGCAAACACCAGAGUGAAAUACUUUAUACAGCAGUCCCUCACUUUACUCAGGAGUUCGGUUCCAAGGGUUUCAUGUUCACAUGAAAAUCAAAGCAAAUCCUUGGAGCUGCGCCACUCCUCCAGCAAGGCAGAGAGCGUAAAAGGUCAUUUUGUACCAGGUCCACUCAGGGUUACCUGGCACAAAAAGAGCUUUUAAGCUCUCUGACUUCCUUGUGGGGUGAGGCCCUCUCAGUACGCUGGCUCUGGAAGGCUAGGGAGACCACGUGGGGAACUGACAUUGCUCCGCAAGACCUCAUGAGAACACCCCAGAGCUUUCCAGAGUUGGUGUGCCCAGUGGGUCUUGACCAGCAAGCUUAAAAGCACUUUUCACACCAGGUAGCCCCGAACCGACCUGGCACAAACAGAGCUUUUAAACUCUUCACCCUGCUUGGGACUUGACUUGUGCAAUUUCAGCCUCCCAGGAUUGAACUCACAUGCAAAAUGAGCAGUUACUCUUUGCCAUAUCGGCUUCUCCUACAGUUCUAUUGUUCUAUCUCAUUCAAGGAUUAAAAGGUAUUAAAGAACAAUUAUAAGGCGGU